ACAAGUCAUUUUACUGUUACAUCCGGUUAGAUGACCAAGACAGGUGACAUUUACCGUGUUGUUCCUACAUUCUGUAGUCAGGUGUAUUUCUUCUGUGUUCGGCUAUGAAUAGACCAACAUGUACGAAAGUUAAAACGGCAGGUUAUAAGAAAGUAGGUCAAUCAGUGUGUGAAGUACAGAUGUGUUUGUUUACAUUUCACGCGAUGGUGGAUUCAUCGACUUGCUAUGAAUACAAAUUCUUCUCACAUCCUCGUCAGAGCCUCAAAGCUGUUGAUUAAUUCUUAUUGGACGUUAUUCUAAACCUACACAAUGGACACACAUAAAAAUGUUUCAGAAUAGCCUGGGUAAAGUAGCUCUGGCAUUAGCAAUGCCCACAAGUAUACUUUUGAUAUACUGGAUAUACAAGAAUCGUGCUACAGAUGAUGAAGUGUACAGCCAACACAGGGUUGUUACAGCAAGAAAUACUGUGAUAGAGGUCCUUGUACCACAGAAAGCUGUUGGCGCUGUGAUUGGGCGUCAAGGCUCUGUCAUAAAGCAGAUUCAAAAAGAGUCAGGAGCUCGGCUGCAUUUUAAAGACAAGGAAAAUGAGAAUGAGAAGAAAGAAAACCGCACUGUUGUGAUAAUUGGGAAUACAGAGUCAGCCCAGCAAGCAGAGUUAAUGAUUCAGCAAAUAAUAUCAGGGAUUCCAGAGAUGUUGACAGAAGAAGUUGAAGUGCCUUCUUACAGUCUUGGCUGUCUAAUUGGUAAAAAUGGGGUUAACAUCAGGGACAUGACCAGGAUCAGUGGCGCCAAGAUACUCAUUGAGAGAGCUGAGGAUUUCAAGAGCCCAGACCAGCCCAGGGUCGUGGCCUUGACAGGGUCACGGGAGCAGAUUGACAUGGCUGUGGAACUUAUUGAGGAAAAAUUGCAAGAACUAGAAGAAAUAAGAGCUCAAAAAAACAAGCCAGAAGGUACAAAUGAUCUGGCAAAUAAAAACACAAGGGAGAGAACUAAGUUAAAAUCAGUCCCUCAAGAGAAGGAGGAAUGGGAUACCUCUGUUGCUGCUUUACAAGACAGCACACACCCUGCUGAACCGGAUCUACCUCUGACCAUAUGUGUGUCAGCUGUUGAACACCCGGGUCAUUUCUGGGUCCAGGUUGUGGGUCCCAAAGCUCUUCAACUGGAGAAGUUGCAGAAGGAAAUCACAGCCUUUGUCCACACUAAUGAGGCUAAACUGAACUACAGCAUGAAGGAAGUAAUCCCCGGUGAGCUGGUGGCUUCCCAGUUUGAAGAUGAUUCAGACCAGACUUACUACAGGGCCAAAGUUUUAGGUGAAACUGAGGACGGGAAGCUAGACCUCUACUUCAUAGAUUUUGGAGAUAACGCAUUUGUUGACAAAAAAGAUGUGUAUAAAUUAAGAUCUGAUUUUCAAACAUUCCCACCUCAAGCUAUUGAAUGUCAACUGGCAAAUGUGGAACCUGUAGGGGGAAGCUGGUCAGAUGAGGCUAUAGUUUACUUUGAAGAAAUCUCACACUGUGCUGAAUGGAAGGUCUUGUCUGCCAGGGUGGUCAAUUACAAAAAUGAUGAGAAAGGUCAACAGAGGCCAUUGCUCCAGUUAUUUGAUUUAAACCAAAGGGAGAAAAUAGACAUAGCAGCUGAGCUCAUCAAACGAGGUUAUGCCGUGGAGGUUGAUUCUACCCAUCAAGCUACCAAAGGCAUCUGAUUAUCACAUCAUAUAGACCCAUCUGGUAGUAAACCAUGUUCUUAUCUACUCUACACUCAAGGAAGCUGAGAAAAUUUAAGCAUUUAUGAUUUCUUCGGUUCUUUAUUUUUAAUUUAAAUAAGGAGGAUAAUCUGGUUAACUUGCAGUGACUUUGUUAAUCCCCUACUUGAUCUGUUCCUUUUGUAAUGAUUGAAAAGUAAAUUUGAUGUCUUCUGUAUAGAUUAAAAUGGAAUAAUCCUUUAUUUUUUCUUUGUUAUGGUCUAUGAAAGCUAAUGUAUUAAUGAAGUCAUUCAGGAAUAGUCAAGAGGUAUUUUUUAAAAAUUAAU